AACAAUCAAAGCCACUGCAUAUGUCCUUAUACUUCAAAAGUAAUUAUUCAAAAGGAAAAAAACUAAUAAAUGCUAUCCAAAUUGCAAUCAAAAAGCUGAAUCCAUAGGAAACAGUACAGCACACAGGCAACACUGCAACAUUUCGCAAGUUGAUUGUGCAGUAUAUAUAAGGCCAAAACCCUAGUGGCUUACCUAAUCCCUGAGAGUAACCACUUUGCUCUCUUAAUUGAAACCUAAAUGGAGGAUGAAUCUAAUCCCACACUCCAUGUUGAUACUACUGUAUUUCCAUUACCCCAAAAAGGCAGGAGGGACGAUGGAGAUGAGCAAGAGAAUCAAGGAAGUCCAAAAAGGCAGAAGAGAGAUGCGGUUGCUAAGGAGCUCAAGAAUGGGUUUCAGGAGAAUAUCAAUAUCUAUGAGGGUGAUAACUCUGUAGAAAGAUAUGAAGAAACACAAGAGAAAAUGAUGGAAGUUUUGAUGGACACAACAUCAGAUGCUCAAGAAUGUGACUCAGAAAAUGUUCAACAUGAUUCUUCUAGUUAUAGUUCAGAUGACAACAGCCAUGAUGACAAUAACUCUGAUUUUAUUGACGAGCCACAUAUGACUACAAAUAUGGACACCACAUCAGAUGCUCAAGAAUGUGACUCAGAAAAUGUUCAAAAUGAUUCUUCUAGAGAUAGUUCAGAUGACAACAACCAUGAUGACAAUAACUCUGAUUUUAUUGAUGAGCCACAUAUGGCUACAAAUCCUGUGAAAAGUUCAGAGAACAGUGAGGAAGAAAUUGAGGAAAAUGCCUCUAAAACUCCACAAGUAAAUCCUGAAAUGCUAACUACUUUGAAAGAACGAAGUGUUGGAUCAAAGACAAUAUAUACUAAAAACUUAUCAUAUAGUGUGGAACGUGCUGAUCUGGAAGAACUUUUCAAAGAUUGUGGAGAAAUUGUUGAUAUUCGUCUACAUCUGGAUGAGGAAGGGAGGUUUAGAGGCUUUGGUCAUGUUGAGUUUGCGACAGAAGAAGCAGUGCUAAAAGCACUUAAGUUAAAUAAUACAGAAUUGUUGAGAUGUCGCAUGAGAAUUGGUGUAGCUCGAGAAAGGCGAAAAUAUACUCCCAACAGAAGCAACAGAUAUCAAGGUACUGAAGGGAGAUGUUCAAAGAUUUCAGAAGAUUGUGAGCAAGAAACUGAGGAAAAAGACUCCAACGCUGUUCAGACAAUUCCAAAAGUUCAAGCUACUUGGAAAGAACAAAAAGCUACAUCGAAGACAAUAUGUGCUAGAAAUUUGUCUUAUAGUGUGGAAAGGGAAGAUAUGGAAAUUCUUUUCAAAGAGUGUGGAGAAAUUGUUGAUAUUCGUCUACAAAGAGAUCGUGAAGGGAGGUCUAGAGGCUUUGGGCAUGUUCAGUUUGCAACUACAGAAGCUGCACAAAAGGCUCUUGAGUUGGAUAAUACAAAAUGGUUUGGACGAUGCAUUGGUGUUGGUAUAGCUCAGGAAAAGAAUGAAUAUGCCCCCAAUAGGAGUUUUAGCAACUGGAGCAAUUCAUUCAAUAAGUCCGAAAGAAUCGAGCCCAUCAAAAGGAUAUGGAGUUCAGAGUCCCGUGAGGAAGAUAUUGAGGGGAAAGCCUUAAAAGAUCCUUGGAAAAAUUCUAGAUUGUUGGCUACUAUGAAAGAAGAAAAUGCUUCAUCAAUAUAUGUCAGAAACUUGUCAUACAAAGCGGAACAGGCUGAUGUAGAAAAUUUUUUCAAAGAGUGUGGAGAAAUCGUUGAUGUUCGGCUACAUAGAGAUAAUGAGGGGAGGUUAAAAGGCUAUGGACAUGUUACGUUUGCAACCGCAGAAGCUGCACUAAAAGCUCUUGAGUUGGAUAAAACAGAGUUGUUGAGACGUUGCAUUGGAGUUCAAAUAGCUCGAGGAAAGGGUGAACGUACCUGGAAUAGAAGCAACUCAUUCCAAAAGCAUGAAAGAUUUCAGCCCAUGAAGGAUACAGAGCAUUCAGAGGACUGUAAGGAAGAAAUUGAGAAAAAAGCCCGCGAAAGUCCUCAUGAAAGUCCUAAAACGCUAGCUACUCUAAAAGAACAAAAUGCUGCACCAAAGACGAUAUUUGUUGGAAACUUGUCACAUGAAGUGGAACAGGCUGAUGUGGAAAAUCUUUUCAAAGAAUGUGGAGGAAUUGCUUAUCUUCAUCCACAUACAGAUCAUGAAGGGAGGCCUAAAGGCUUUGUACAUAUUGAGUUUUCAACGGCUGAAGCAGCACAAAAGGCUCUUGAGUUGAAUCACACAGAAUUGUUUGGACGUACCAUCACAGUUGAAUUAGCUCGAGAAAAAAGUCAUAGCUACAGUAGAAGCAACUGGAGCAACUCAUUCCAGAAGGGUGAAAGAAUUCAAUCUCUAACUGUAUAUGUCAAGGGAUUUGAUACUUCCCUCGAGGAAGAAGAGAUCAAAGCUAGCCUGGAAGAGCAUUUUGGUUCCUGUGGAGAGAUGACGAGGAUAACAGUUCCGAAAUUUUAUGAUUCUGGUGCAUUUAAGGGGUUUGCUAUCCUAGAAUUCAAGGAUGUUGACAGUGCGAAGAGAGCUCUAAAUCUUGAUCAAACUGAGAUCGGAGGUCAUACCUUGUUAGUUGAGAAAGCAAGGCCUCGACGUGAUGGAAAUGGCUCUAAAAAUGGUGUUGGUUGGGGAGAAAGCAGUGGUGGUGGAUGGCAUUCUGGUGGUGGCUGGCAUUCUUUAUUUUUCUCAUGAACCCAUAUCUAUUUCAGUUUUCUACAGUUAGCUUUUUUGUUUCCUUUGUGAUAUACUUUAUUUACUCA